CUAUAUAUAUUUAUAAAUAAUACAAUGAAGAAACAAGUACAUCAACCAACAAAGUCUGUUGUCGCAGCACCAGCAUCAAAGCCAGCGCCAGCGCCAAAGACAAAGGCAACAACCUCAUCCACCACAUCCACAGCAUCAACAACCAAGCCAACUACACAAAAGAAUAAGCAACAAGUAGAGGAGAAGUCUACUUUGGGCAAGAGAAAGCAACAGAAGCAACAACAGGAAGAGGAGGAGGAGAAGGACAAGUUUGUCUUUGACAAGCAGAUCGAGCAGGAAGAAGAGGACGACCAGGAGGCCGAUGCUGUUGCCGCAGAGGACGAGCAAGAUGAUGAUAUCAAUGAUUUCAACAGCGACAGAGAUGACGAGAGUGACAUUGAUGACGAGGAGCUGGAGAAGCAGUUCGAAGAGAUGAUUGCACAGAGGAUUGCUAAUGGAGAGCUGAAAGAGGUAGAUGGUGACGACCAAGAGGAUGGUGAUGACGAAGACGAUGAGGACGACGACGAAGAUGACCUCGAGGACAGUGAUGACGAAGAGAUUGAAGGAAGUGACGAAGAUGAGGACGAGGACAAUGCAAUCUCAACUGGAUCAAUCUCAUCCAAGGCCGACGUAUCAUCAGAGGAUGAGGGUCAAUACAACGACGAUCCAAACCAAUUCUACGAGACUGACGACUCUGAGGAGGACGAGAGUGUCGUGAACAGAGUUGGUAACAUACCCUUGGAGUGGUACGAGGACUAUGAUCACAUUGGUUACGAUGUGAACGGAAACAAGAUUAUGAAGGGCGAGAAGCAAGACGCACUGGACAAGUUCCUCGAGCAGAAUGAUCCAAAGUUCUGGAGGACCGUCUACGACAAGAUCAACGACAAGAAGGUGGUGCUGUCCGACGAGGAUCUCGCUCUGAUCAAGAGCAUACAGCAGAGAAGGUUCCCACCCAACUACAACCCUUACGAGGACUGGUACGUGCCAGGCCCCAACCCAGACAGCAUCCAUCCACUCAGCAACGCGCCCACCCCCAAGCGCUCGUUCCUGCCCAACAUGGACGAGGUCAAGGAGAUCCGCCGUUUGACCACGGCCAUCAGAAAGGGCUGGAUCAAGCUGCCAGACGCCGAUGAGAAGAAGAAGCAGAAGGAGGCGUACGACCUGUGGGCGCCCAGGUCAGAGGCUGAGCGUGAGGCCGACGAGCUGUUUGAGCGCACCGAGCGCAAGAUCACCCGUAUCUCAGCGCCCAAGCAGAAGCUGCCGGGCCACGUCGAGUCGUUCAACCCACCCGAGGAGUACCUGCUCACGCAGAACGAGCUCAAGGCAUGGCAACUGAUGGACAAGAGCAGACGCCCGCACAACUUUGUGCCACAAAAGUACGGCAACAUGCGCAGGAUUCCAACCUACAACAACAUCAUCAAGGAGCGCUUCGAGCGCUGUCUGGACCUAUACCUCUGUCCCAGAAAGAUGACACUGAAGAAUCGCCACAAGGACCCCAAUCAUCUGCUGCCCAAGCUGCCCAAGCCCCAGGACCUGCGUCCAUUCCCCUCGUACGAGGAGCUGGAGUUCAAGGGUCACACCAACCGUGUGCGCGCCAUCUCCGUGUCGCCCAACGGCCAAUGGCUGGCCAGUGGCUCAGACGAUGGCACCAUCAAGAUUUGGGAGGUGUCGAGCACUCGUUGCGUCCAGACCAUCAACGUCGAGCAUACAGUGUUCUGUGUACAGUGGAAUCCAAAUAAGAACUUGAAUAUAUUAGCCGCGUCCUAUGAUACAAAGGUGAUCAUCAUCACACCUCAUCUUAAUGGACCGGAGCAGGAUGAGGCCACCGAGGCCAUGUUUGUCAAGACUAUCAAGUCUAUCAGCUGGCAUCAUAAGGGCGACUACUUCAGUACAGUGGCACCGGAGCAGCCUAAUAAGGCCGUGAAGAUUCACCAUCUGUCAAGGACAAAGACACAGACUCCAUUCAAGAAGGCAAAGACAGCGUACCAGACUUCAAAGUUCCACCCAAGCAAGCCAAUCUUCUUCCUCGCCGACCAGAACUACGUUCGCGUCUACGAUCUGAUGAAGCAGCAGAUGGUCAAGAAGAUCCUGACCGGAUGUCGCUACAUCGCCUCGAUGGACGUGCACCCCAGCGGCGACCAUCUCAUCCUUGGUGGCUACGACAAGCGUGUCUUCUGGUUGGAUCUCGACCUGACUCGUCCAUACAAGGUGUUGCGCUACCACAAGGAGGCCGUGCGCAAGGCCACCUUCCAUCCAACGCUGCCACUGUUUGCCUCGUGCUCGGACGAUCUCUCGAUCCACGUCUUCCACGGCAUGGUCUACGACGACUACAUGCAGAACGCACUGAUAGUGCCACUCAAGAUCCUACGCAAGCACCGUUCCACCCCAGACGGCCUCGGUGUGUUGGACAUCGUAUUCCAUCCCACUCAACCCUGGAUAUUCAGUGCUGGUGCCGACUCGACCAUCAGGCUAUUC